UAUUAACCCCCUCAAUCCCAGCGAAGAGACCUUCCUGAUCUCCCUCUUCUUAUGGCCAUCAUCGGUCAUCCCUCUUGGACACUUUACUGAUCUUACUGUUGAUCCGUGCAACACAUCAGUCAAUAUGAAGGCUCAUUUGAUCAGCAUCUUGGCUCUCUUUGUUCUGUUUGUGACUGUCGGUCACACUUUCCCCCAGCCUGAAGAUGGCCUGGCUGCUUUCCAGGGACGGGAUGCAAGUUUGACCGUUACUAAUGAGCGCGACCUUCCUUUUACCUCUGCUGAACCUACCUUGGUUAAUCCUUCCACUGACGGAUUUGACACUGAUGGAUCUGAUGCCGAUGAAUCCGACGCUGAUGAGUCUGACACUGACAGCUCCGACACCAAUGUCUCCGACACCAACGGCCCUACCCGCGAUCUCGCCUUCCAGGACGACGCAAGCUCGAACACCACCCUCCCCCUGGACGACGACAACCUCAGCUCUCCAGAAGUUCACGGUCUGGGCAUCAACACGGCACAGGACCUUUGUGAAGGCUACUGCAAGACCGACAGCCAGAAUUGCAAUGGAUAUUGUGGCCAUGACCGUCAUCGUACCAAGAAGUGCGGCAAGAAGAAACCUUGUCGUCGUAACAGGGGCAUGUGCAAGUUUGAGCUCAGAGGAAAGGAAGCUGAAUGUAUCUGAGGGGUUGAUGUUUGCUGGGCCGCUGGGCCUAUAGUCGGGACCGAGAAGGGUCAGCGCGGUUAUGUAUGGAUGGUCUGAGGCAC